AGCACAGGGGGAUGUGUCAAGUCAGUGCUUUCUAAAAGUUUGAACUGAACUGCACACACACGCGGUCAAACAAAUACCACGGAGAACACACACACGCAGGGACACUCGUCAUGCACAUACACAGUCUGACCCUAACACACACACAGAUGGAUGGACAGAGCUGAAAGUUUAAGCUUGCAUACAUAUACCCACACCCAGAAACACACACGAGUGCUGAAUUACGGUCAGGAUGAGUGGCGUGUCUGAGACUGCUGUGGUCAGUAGACCCUCGACUACCGUGAAGCGACACAAGAGUGUCAGGAAGAACUCCAGGCGGAUUUACUCAUCUUAUCAAGACAACCAGCCAGGCCAAUCAGAUGAGGAGGGCAAGGAGGAUGAGCAUGCGGACAGCAACGACCCAGAGCAGAUGUUCCAGAACAUCCAGUUUCAGAAGGAGAUCAUCGCCAACAUACGCACCCGAGCCUGGCCUAUGAGACGCAAGCUCAAAGCCCUCAAGCAGGCCAGAGAGAUUGUCCUGAAGUACGAGGGGAGGCUAACAAGGACCAGAGGGUACCAGGCUGCUGGGGCUGAUCUGCUGAAGAAGGUCUCCAGGUUGCUGUACAACAUCGUGGUUCUGUUUAUUCCCUGGGAGAUGAGGAUCAAGAAAAUAGAAAGUCACUUUGGGUCAGGGGUGGCCUCCUACUUCAUCUUCCUCAGAUGGCUGUUUGGUAUCAACAUAGUCCUUACUGUCAUGACUGGAGCAUUCAUAGUCAUACCUGAGCUCCUGGCCGGAGAGCCGUUCGGAACAACCCGGAGUAAGACCAUUCCCAAGGAGCACCUGGCCUCAGCCCAAGAUCUGGACACCAUCUGGUCUCUUGGGGGCUACCUCCAGUACUCAGUGUUGUUCUAUGGGUACUAUGGCCCGGUGAGGAAGCUCGGCAGUGCCGGCUAUCGCCUCCCCCUGGCCUAUUUUCUGGUUGGGAUGGCUGUUUUUGCCUACAGUUUCAUCAUUCUGUUAAGAAAGAUGGCUAAGAACUCCCGUCUGAGCCUAGCGAGUGCCUCUGAUGAGAACUUCACCUUCUGCUGGAGAGUGUUCUGUGCCUGGGACUACCUCAUAGGGAACCCUGAGGCUGCAGAGAGCAAGGGAGCCGCUAUCGUCAACAACAUCAGGGAGGCCAUUGUUGAGGAGCAGGAGAAAAAGAAGGAUACUAGUCUAGCAGUCCUGAUCAGUCUGCGUAUCCUAGCCAACAUCCUGGUCCUUCUCUCUCUGGCUGGCAGCAUUUAUAUAAUCUACUUUGUGGUGGACCGCUCCCAGAAACUAGAGCUGGAGAAGCCAGAGCUAACACUAUGGGAGAAGAAUGAGGUGAGUGUGGUGGUGUCCCUCAUCACCAUGAUCGCCCCGUCUGCCUUUGAGCUGGUGGCUCAGCUGGAGAUGUACCAUCCCAGGACCUCCCUCCGCUUCCAGCUGGCCAGAGUCCUGGUGUUGUAUCUGGGAAACCUGUACAGCCUCAUCAUUGCCCUUCUGGACAAGGUCAACAGUAUGAGUAUGGCGUCAGCUGCUGCAGCUGCGGCGGCCUCUGUGGUUUCGGGGAACUUGUCUGACUCCACGGCAUUCAUGGCGACCAUCUCCCAGCCGGGGGAGACGAGCCUCUCCACCCUCGUAUCCGACAUCUCCAUCUCUGAAAACCACAACAGCACCAUAGCGACCAUUGCCAUGGUGCUGGAUGUCAACACCAGCAUCAGCACCAGCAAGGUCACCAUGGCAACCAUGUACAACCACACUGUGAUGUUUGAGCAGAACAAGCAGAAGAAACCAGACGAGUGCUGGGAGACCUACGUUGGACAGGAGAUGUUGAAGCUGUCUAUCAUCGAUAUGAUCUUCACGGUGGCCAGUAUCCUGUUGAUAGACUUCAUCAGAGGGCUGGUGGUCAGGUACCUGAGUGACUGCUGCUGCUGGGACCUGGAGAGCAAGUUUCCUGAGUAUGGGGAAUUCAAGAUAGCUGAGAAUGUACUCCACCUGAUAUAUAACCAAGGAAUGAUCUGGUAUGUCACAUUCUACUGGAUUUUCCUGAUCAGUCUGCGUAUCCUAGCCAACAUCCUGGUCCUUCUCUCUCUGGCUGGCAGCAUUUAUAUAAUCUAUUUUGUGGUGGACCGCUCCCAGAAACUAGAGCUGGAGAAGCCAGAGCUAACACUAUGGGAGAAGAAUGAGGUGAGUGUGGUGGUGUCCCUCAUCACCAUGAUCGCCCCGUCUGCCUUUGAGCUGGUGGCUCAGCUGGAGAUGUACCAUCCCAGGACCUCCCUCCGCUUCCAGCUGGCCAGAGUCCUGGUGUUGUAUCUGGGAAACCUGUACAGCCUCAUCAUUGCCCUUCUGGACAAGGUCAACAGUAUGAGUAUGGCGUCAGCUGCUGCAGCUGCGGCGGCCUCUGUGGUUUCGGGGAACUUGUCUGACUCCACGGCAUUCAUGGCGACCAUCUCCCAGCCGGGGGAGACGAGCCUCUCCACCCUCGUAUCCGACAUCUCCAUCUCUGAAAACCACAACAGCACCAUAGCGACCAUUGCCAUGGUGCUGGAUGUCAACACCAGCAUCAGCACCAGCAAGGUCACCAUGGCAACCAUGUACAACCACACUGUGAUGUUUGAGCAGAACAAGCAGAAGAAACCAGACGAGUGCUGGGAGACCUACGUUGGACAGGAGAUGUUGAAGCUGUCUAUCAUCGAUAUGAUCUUCACGGUGGCCAGUAUCCUGUUGAUAGACUUCAUCAGAGGGCUGGUGGUCAGGUACCUGAGUGACUGCUGCUGCUGGGACCUGGAGAGCAAGUUUCCUGAGUAUGGGGAAUUCAAGAUAGCUGAGAAUGUACUCCACCUGAUAUAUAACCAAGGAAUGAUCUGGAUGGGUUCAUUCUUCUCUCCCUGUCUGCCUGCCUUUAACGUGUUGAAGCUGAUAGGCUUGAUGUACCUGAGGAGUUGGGCUGUGCUCACCUGUAACGUCCCUCACCAACAGGUGUUCAGAGCAUCCAGAUCAAAUAAUUUCUACCUGGCUAUGCUGUUGUUCAUGCUUUUUCUGUGUAUGCUGCCCACCAUCUUCGCCAUAGUGAGAUACAGACCUUCCCAACACUGCGGGCCAUUUAGUGGUCAGGAGAAGAUUUAUGACAUCAUCUCAGAGACGAUAGCCAAUGACUUCCCGCUGUGGUUCAGUAAAGUGAUGAGUUACGUCACCAGCCCUGUCGUAGCGUUGCCCGCUCUGCUGCUGCUGUUCAUGUUGAUCUACUACCUUCAGGCCAUUGCCAGAUCCCUUAAAUUUACCAACAACCAGCUGAGGAUGCAGCUUCAGACUAAAUGUAUUUGUCAGGAGAGAACAGAAGACAAGAAGAAGGUAUUACAGCUGGCUUCAGCGAGGCUACAGGCCCCAGAGGUCCCCGGGGGGGACAGGAAGCCUGACCAGCAGGAUGGUGACAUCACCAGCCGCGAGUCGUCCAUUCGCACGCCGUCGCCACGACCCAACGGCAGUGUCACAAACUUCCAGUCGCCCGAUCGUCGUGGCAACGGCAUCCGCACCAUCACCCAGUCAGCAUCGAGAGUCAAGACCGCUAGGGCGACAUUUGCUGCUGGGGCGCCUAGAAGUCCAACAGUGUCCAUACUUCACAAGCAAAGGCCGGAGAUAAUCCCUAACAGACACCCUUCCUACCUGGGGGGCCCUAGCGGUACCUGCAGGUCCAAGUCCUACCAUCAUGUGGCGUACAACCCCCCGACACGCUACUCCUCAGAGAACAUCCACUCCGACCCACUCUACAGGAAGACCAUCAGGCCCUUGCACUCCGCAGAGGCAGCUGGGAUAGUGACCGCCCAGAGCUACGUGGGCCGUCGCCCCUACACCACGCGCUACGUCAUCGUCAACGAGCACGAAGCUAGAAAAAAGUUGCUUCGAUCAGCCACACGCGUCCCUCGCCACUUCCGAGCGGAGGACCCGGGGGGUGAAAUCGUAGAGCUGAUCCCGCGGAAUACCAAGCGGUAUACUCCAAGGGCUCCGCAUCUGCAUGGGCACCCACACAGGUCGAAUCCGCCGCAGUCACACCUGAGUGAUGAAGAGGAGGAGGAAGAGGCAGGGGGGAAGAGGGAGUCUAGGAGGGGGUCGUUCGGGCAGACUCACCGGCCGCGCUCACUCUCCGACCUCCAACAGCCAGCUCGCUUCUACAUCGGAGAGCGCCUGGAGACCAAGCUGUCUAUGGCGUCAAAAGACAGCCACACUGCUAGGGGGCGCUACGGCGGUGAAGCCCAAAAAGGGGACUGGGAGGAUAUGGAGACGCGCUUGCACUCCCUCUCCCAGACCAGCAUCAGAGGAGCGGAGCUUCCACCACCAGUCAGGCACACACAGUCCCCAGCCAGACACCCCCACUCCCCCAGCAGACUUGUACACUCACCCCCCCAGGGCCCUGGAAGACGCCUGGAGCCCCAGGUCAAGCCCAAGACAUCCAGGUCCAAGCUGGAGCCUUCCCUGACUGAGUCGGACUCGGCCUCUCUGGCCUCCAGUAGCGACCAGCAGAACAGCAGCACAGACCAGUACAUCCAGGUCAUUCACAACAAGGAGAAGUAUCUCAAGUCUGAGGCAAGGCAAGGCAAACUGGCUAAGAAGAAGUCCAAAGCCAGUAUAGAUCUCAACGUGUCUGGGUCCAAAGACCUGGUCUGCUCCAACGUGUAGUUGGUGUAUUUGUAUUGUGAAUAUAUCUAGGUUUAUUUAACCUUUAUUAAUCCAUCUAAGUUAUUGAC